CCUCGGCCGCCGCCGGGUGCAUUCAGCCUCGCCCGCGGUCCUCCCGCCCCCGGCUCCCGCUCGCCGCUCGCUCACUCGGCCGUCGCUGUCGCUGCCGCUGCAUCUCUGUCGACACACUCGGAGCUCACUGACCAUGGCGGAGGCCCACCAAGCCGUGGCCUUCCAGUUCACGGUCACUCCCGAUGGGAUCGACCUCCGAAUGAGCCAUGAGGCCCUCAGGCAGAUCUAUCUGUCUGGACUUCACUCCUGGAAGAAGAAGUUCAUCAGAUUCAAGAAUGGCAUCAUCACUGGCGUGUACCCGGCAAGCCCCUCCAGCUGGCUCAUCGUGGUUGUGGGCGUGAUGUCGACAAUGUACGCCAAGAUCGACCCCUCUCUGGGAAUAAUCGCUAAGAUCAAUCGGACCCUGGACGCGACUGGCUGCAUGUCCAGCCAGACCAAGAAGGUGGUGAGCGGCGUCAUCUUCGGCACGGGCCUGUGGGUGGCCCUCAUCGUCACCAUGCGUUACUCCCUGAAGGUGCUACUGUCCUACCACGGCUGGAUGUUCGGCCAGCACAACAGGCUGAGCCGCACCACCAAGAUCUGGAUGUUUAUGGUCAAGAUCUUCUCAGGCCGAAAGCCCAUGUUGUACAGUUUCCAGACGUCUCUGCCGCGCCUGCCCGUCCCAGCUGUCCAGGACACCGUCAACAGGUACUUGGAAUCUGUGAAGCCUCUUAUGAAGGAAGGAGACUUUACACGGAUGACAGCUCUGGCACAAGAUUUUGCUGUCAAUCUGGGACCGAGAUUGCAGUGGUAUUUGAAGCUAAAAUCCUGGUGGGCUACCAAUUAUGUGAGUGACUGGUGGGAGGAAUACAUCUACCUCCGAGGACGAGGGCCGCUGAUGGUCAACAGCAACUACUUUGCGAUGGACUUGCUGUACAUCAAACCGACUCACAUCCAGGCGGCAAGAGCUGGCAACGGGAUCCACGCCAUCCUGCUUUACAGACGCAAGCUGGACCGGGAGGAAAUCAAACCAACUCUUCUUUUGGGGUCUACGAUUCCGCUCUGCUCCGCCCAGUGGGAGCGCAUGUUUAAUACUUCCCGGAUCCCAGGAGAGGAGACAGACACCAUCCAGCAUCUGAGGGACAGCAAGCACAUCGUCGUCUUCCACCGGGGCCGCUACUUCAAGGUCUGGCUCUACCACGACGGCCGGCUGCUGAGGCCCCGGGAGAUCGAGCAGCAGGUGCAGCGGAUCCUGGAGGACCCGUCGGAGCCACAGCCUGGGGAGGCCAAGCUGGCGGCGCUCACAGCGGCGGACAGGGUCCCCUGGGCCAGGUGUCGCCAGGCCUAUUUUGGACAUGGGAAAAACAAGCAGUCUCUGGAUGCCGUGGAGAAAGCAGCGUUCUUCGUGACGUUAGACGAAACGGACCAGGGAUACAGGGAGGAGGACCCGGAAACGUCGAUGGACAGUUACGCCAAGUCCCUGCUGCAUGGCCGGUGUUUCGACAGGUGGUUUGAUAAAUCAUUCACGUUUAUCAUUUUUAAAAACGGCAAGAUGGGCAUUAACGCGGAGCACUCCUGGGCCGAUGCACCCAUCAUGGGUCACCUUUGGGAGUAUGUCAUGGCCACGGACAGCUUCCAGCUGGGUUACACAGAGGAUGGACACUGUAAAGGAGACCCCAACCCGAACAUUCCGUACCCCACCCGGCUGCAGUGGGACAUCCCGGAGGAAUGUCAGGAGGUCAUUGAGACUUCGCUGAGCAGCGCCAACCUCCUGGCCAACGACGUGGAUUUCCACUCCUUCCCAUUCCGCACUUUCGGUAAAGGGCUGAUCAAGAAAUGUAAAACCAGCCCGGACGCCUUCGUGCAGCUCUCGCUCCAGCUGGCUCAUUACAAGGACAUGGGUAAAUUUUCCCUCACCUAUGAGGCCUCCAUGACCCGGCUCUUCCGAGAGGGCAGAACAGAGACCGUGCGUUCUUGCACCACUGAGUCCUGCAACUUCGUGCUGGCCAUGAUGGACCCCACACAGACGGUUGAACAGAAGCUCAAGUUAUUCAAGAUCGCAUCUGAGAAGCAUCAGCUUCUGUACCGCCUGGCGAUGACUGGCGCGGGGAUUGACCGCCACCUCUUCUGCCUCUACGUGGUGUCCAAGUACCUCGCGGUCGACUCCCCUUUCCUGAAGGAGGUCCUAUCUGAGCCUUGGAGAUUAUCCACCAGCCAGACCCCUCCACAGCUGGUGGAGCUGUUCAAUUUGGAUAAGAAUCCGGACUACGUGUCGAGCGGAGGAGGCUUCGGGCCGGUUGCUGAUGAUGGCUAUGGGGUGUCGUACAUUCCUGUUGGUGAGGACCUCAUCAGUUUCCAUAUAUCCUCCAAGUUCUCCUGUCCUGAGACGGAUUCUCAUCGCUUCGGGAAGAACCUGAGAGAAGCAAUGAUCGACAUCAUCAGUUUGUUCGGGUUCAGCCCCAAUUCCAAGAAGUAAAUCUCUCAGCACUUCCGGGAAGGAAAAGAAGUUCUUCUGAUGAAAAACCAAAUGAAAAAUAGCUCUGUAUCCUGACUGUAUUUCAGGAUGAAAAUUUGUUUCCUUCCAGUGAAGGUUUGGUGUUUUUGCUUUUCUAGGACAGCAGGCUCCACGCCAUGAAGUAUAACCCUACUCCUUCUAAACAGUUCCUAACCUGGGGGACAUUGGAUGAAGUCCCCCCUAAAGUCUUCCCAUCACCUUACAUUUCUUAAGGGACAAGCGAUUUUUGGAAUGAGUGGGGUUGUGGCUUCAUACUCGCUGGAAACAGACCGGCACGCUUCCUUGGCUGCCACUGGACACCUGGUACUUAUGGGCAUUUAAUUUGAUCAGAGCAGUGUAAACAUUUGUUUCCUUCCGAGAGAAAAGCAUUUUUUAAGUUGCAGAUGUUAGCAGCUAAUAGCCGACGCACAUGCAAUGCACUAAUCAAGAAAAGCUUUGUGCUUUUGGAAUCUGUUCUGUCCUGUGGUCGCUCUGUCACUGUCUAGUUCGGUCGUCUGCACUUGCCUCUACGUGUUUGAAGUCUUCAAAACCCAGUGCCUUAAAAACAGAAGGCCCUAAGUGUAAGGGAGACCACACAAGAGAUUUAUUUUAAGUCUUUAGGUGGAAUUGUGGGUGUCUCACUCCCAUCUCAAUUUACUGGGUGGAUAUCUCUAUGUAGGAAUUUUCCUGUGGUGUCCCCAUGUCCCAGAGGGACCAGUCCCCUUACAAGGGCAGCUGUAAGCUGGAUUCCCUUCCAUCAGACUGCCUUCCUCAAGCUUCAUUGUUAAGCUACAAAAGAAGACAUGUGUCAGAAAUGGUGAGCGAGGGAUGUGAUGGUUGAAGAUAGCGUGUCUGAAGAACACACAUCCUAGGUGCUUUGGGAUUCCUGCUUACCCAGCCUGACAGCAGGGAGAACGUGACACUUGCCACGGAGAAAGGAACAAACUUGAGAAGAGCGAACCUCAGGCAGUCAGGGCUCGCCAUCCCACCUGGUGAGAGAGGACAUCCACUCCCGUUUCCAGGGAGACAGAGGGAGAUGGGUCAUCUCAGUGACCUCCUAUAAUGUCGCAGGUGACGGAUGCUGAGUUUAACACAGCCUACCCUUCCGAUGCGCAUGCCUUGCUCGAAAGAGUGAUUGACCAAAAAGUGAUGAUACGCUGUAUCAUCUUCAGUACUUAAUGCAAAAAGAAAGAAUCAUAGAGUGAAAUAGACCCACUGCCUCUGGGCUGUCACGACAGGCUGAGCUGUCCAUUUUUUAAGUCAGGUAUUUAUUUUUCUGACCACUCUGUUCUGGUGGGGCUCAUGUCUCUGAGUCCUGUACCCCAGUGAUACGAUGAUGAGGCUGAACCAAUGGAGCAGGAGCAAGGCACUGGCCGCAGAGCACGUGCAUGUUUUAUCCGUGUACAUGUUGUGAUGUAAAACCCCACCUAAAUGGGCCAAAGACUCUUUCUGUUAAAAGCAAGCGGAAAUGGGAACAGACAAAAAAGGCAAAAAAGGACAUCUAACCACCAUAGCAACAAAAGACCCUGUUCAUCUGUGGUAUGUAGUCUGGGGGGCGUCAGAGGAUACGGGAGCCCCCCUGCCUCAGCCAGGGCCCCCAAAUCAUCCACUGUUGACCACUCACCAGUCUGUAUUAUGAUUCACAGGUGAAUUCCAGAGCAGACGUGUUAGCACUCAAACUUAUUUGGGCUUGUCUCUCAGGUUUUAAAUAUUUCAGAUGUAAUCAUCACUAAUCCAUGCAGUCAUCAAUGCAAUUUUAUAUUCCUUAAAAGGAAGAAGACUGGGUUUGUACUGUACGUGUUGAAAGCAGGAAGUAAGAGUAUUAAUGUAUUUAAUUUAAUUUGGAACAAGCCAUAGUCUUAACGGAGCUGUGGUCUGAAUUUGUUAUCUUGGACUGGCCAUUGCAUGUAAAUACAAGAUGCCCUUUUGGAUGUAAAUCUUAGAUAUGCAGUAUGAAUGUUACCAUUAAUAAAAAUAUUAACCACAG